AUGUCAGAUCGCGUUUGUAAUAUCUACAAGCUCCAACUCAUUCGAAACGGACAUGGGCAGCCAUUCUGGUACCCGGAACCAGAUACAAGUGUUGAGGAGGAGUAUACCCGAACCGGUGUAUGUCCUGGAGAUGUUGGCAUCCUGAAUGACAGUGGGGGUUUCGACUUUCUGUUCAAUAUCUUCAGACCAGCCGGACAUCCAAGGCAUGGCAACAAUGUACCACCCGAUUUCGAACCGCUUACCAUGCCAAACCCCGAUGCUCCCGGACCAGUGAGACGAACAGAGGGUUGCCUUCCUCAUGUUGUUGUGAGCAGGCAUUUAUGUUCCUCAGAGAAGUCUGGGAAAGCAUCUGUUAAGGCAUCCAGCCUCGCUGCCGAAGGUACUUACCAAUACAGCACUUCUCAGGACCAUGCUGCCACCUUGAGCCUUCCAAUUAGUGCGACCAGAUACGACUUCAUGAACAUCGCAAAGGUCAAGCAGUACAUUUAUCAAAAUUGGGAGUCAUGGUACGACUAUGCUACGAACCCAGAUCAUCGCGGUCUUUUGAUGCCGGAGAAAUCUCUUUACGUUGUCACUGGAUGCGACAAGACAAAGGAAUGGACUACAGCAGUA